AUGAAGUGGAGUGUCCGGGGAGCCUGCGCCGCGCUCUCCAGCUGCCUCCUGCUCGCCUGCGCGCUGAGCGCCGCCGCCGUGGGCCUCAAGUGCUUCUCGCUGGGCUCCGAACUCAAGGGGGAGCCCUUCCGCCUCGGCACCGCCGCCGGCGCCUUCUACUCGGGGCUGCUGCUGGCCGCCGGCCUCUCGCUGCUGGGCUCCGCGCUCUUUUGCUGCCGCCAGCCGGACGACGCGGCGGCCGGCGAGGGGGGCGCGGGCGGAGCGCACCACCCGGGGCGCGCGGGGAGCCAAGUGGCGGCGGCGCCCCCGGGCGGGCGGCAGAACUUCCUCCUGCUGGGGGUGCUGGUCUUCAUGCUGGGGGUGCUGAGCGCCUUCGCCGGGGCCGUCAUCGACGGCGAUACGGUGUCGCUGGUGGAGAAGAAAUACUCGCACUACUGCCUCCUACAGGGCGGCGGGGCGCCCGCCCGGACGCGGCCUGCGGGGGGCCCCGACGGCGGGGCGGCGGCGGCGGCGGCGCUGCGCUGCCAGAAGCUGCGGGACUACCAGCGCGGCUUGGUCAUCUCCACCAUCUUCAACGCCCUCGAGUGCCUGCUGGGGCUCCUCAACCUGCUGCUGGUCAAGAACUACAAGGCUGCUCAGCAGCGAGGGCUGCGCCGACGGCGCCGACCGGCACGAGCCUCACCUCGCCGGGGGCCACCGGAGGAGGCGCCGGGGCCCCGGCGUCGCUGGAGGAGGGGGCGGCGGCGGCGGGGGCGGCUCGGGCGGGGGCGGCGGCCUCAGCGCCAAAGCCAAGGCUCCAUCUUCUCCAGCGAGGACCCCGACCUGUCCCCAGGGGGCGAUUGCGCCUUCCAGGCCGUCUCCUACAUCAACGUCGGCGUCUUCCACGUCUUCGACGAGGCCGGGGUGGAGGUGCACUGUGGGGGCCACCCUUCCAUCGAGCUGCCCGGCUAUUCCCCCAUGGACCCCGAUCUCAACGUGUCCUACCCGUAUUGCUACCCGCUGCCCAACGAGCAGCCGCCUGCCUACGAGGAGAUCUAUCCCAGGGAGCCCUGUGCCAACCGCUUCUAGG